UCUUGCCUUUUCCGUGGCAUUGACCCUUUGUCUUCUUUGAUACUAUCGACUAUCCGAAGAUUUUUCUUCCCCUCUUUCAAUCUCUCUUCUCACCAUGGCGAUAGAACUCUGGGAGACACUGAAAGCCGCAAUCACAACGUACACGGGUCUAUCUCCGGCAACUUUCUUCACGGUUUCUGCUCUGAUUCUUGCAAUCUACUAUGUGGCUUCUGGGUUGUUUGGAUCAUCGGACCAAGGCAACUAUGGAAGGCCCAGGGAGGUGGAGGAGCACGUGGAGCCCCUGCCGCCGCCGGUUCAGCUCGGCGAGAUCUCCGAGGAGGAGCUGAAACAGUACGAUGGCUCUGAUCCCAAGAAGCCUCUGCUCAUGGCUAUCAAGAGUCAGAUCUAUGAUGUUUCACAAAGCAGAAUGUUUUAUGGACCCGGGGGACCUUAUGCAUUGUUUGCCGGAAAGGAUGCUAGUAGAGCACUCGCUAAGAUGUCCUUUGAGGAAAAAGACCUUACCGGUGACAUAUCGGGCCUUGGUCCUUUCGAGCUCGAUGCACUACGUGACUGGGAAUACAAAUUCAUGAGCAAAUAUGUAAAGGUUGGGACUGUCAAGAGUUCAGUGGCAGAAGGUGGGCAGGAGACGUCGUCUAACGAAGAUGGACCUUCAGAGACAACAACUGACCGCAGUGUUAACCCAGCCGAGGAUGGCCCACCAGAGAGCGCUAAGCCCACCGAACACGCUCAAUCAGAAAGCGUUCCAGCUGAAAACGGGGAUGCAUCUGGUGUCGUCGAUGCUGAGAAAAAGGAGUAGAUGUGGCCACUGAGGAAAACAGUUGAUUGUUGAAGGAGGGAUGGGGAAGAGCAGCUUUGUUGUCUGUUUAUUGUCUUGCUGAAAUUUUAAUUCCAGUAUAGAAUACAUCUUAGGUAGCCAACUUGUCUGAAUAUCUAAGUAUUGAAAUAAAGAAGCAUAUAUUUCAUACAUGCUAUCUUUGCAAUGGACAUUUGCAUAUAUAAUGGAAGUUACUUUUGUCUCC